AGAUUAAACCUGUUUGAUAAGAUCACAUAUAAAGUCACGAAAGGUUGGUGAACAACGAUUCACAUUUAUCCACAAAGUUCUAAGUGAAGAUGAUGCUAAAAGUUGUCGUAUACACCAGCUGUAUUUACAUGGCCUUGGCAGCCACCACAAUGCAGCCUCAUUCUACGCAUCAUCACGGUCAUCAUCACUCUAAGGCAACACACCCCACGCAUGAGCCAUCAGAAGCGGAAUUUUUCUCAUUCUACUACGACUAUCACACGCACAUUCUACUGGUGAGAAGUAAGCGUAUCUGUUAUCUGUACAACACAAGUGCCCAGGAACAAAUGGACGUUCAUUCAUCACAUGGACUCCAUACGAUUGAAAAAAACGUCAUCGACAUAAUUGACUCCAAUCCAACCACGACUACCGUGACACAUGAUAAUCUGAAUGCUACGAGUGCUAGACUGGGUAAGAUGUGUGGUGCCCACUACACGAUUCAUCAACUCAACUAGUCUCCUACACAUUAUACUGUUAGAUUCCUUUGAGUUGUAACUUGGUUUUAUGAAAUAAACAUCUUAAUCUUCC